GCUCUUUAAAUCACAUGAAGACAACGGGGAGUUUAGUUCUGAAAAUAAGUACUGAAAACGUAAUUUUGAGUUUGUUUUUUUCAUCUUAAAAACAUUGUAGCUUUGAGUUAAUAUUUCCACAGACAGGUCUAAGUGUAGACAAUUACAAGCUACAUUUCAUGGAUGAGAGGUCGUCUAUCCUAUUUCGAGGGGUAACGUAGGCUAUGACAGGCUGUGAAAGAAAAGUAACUUUUCGAAUUGAAGGAAUAAUAACAAUACACUAUGCUGUACAUUUAGUGCAAGCAAGGUAGCUUAUUUCAUUGAGAAAGACCGUCUAUAUGAUUUUUGUUUUUUAUCGGAGGACAAGAAGGGGGAGGGCUAGUGUGAGGGUGUGAAGGAGAGAGACAGCACGCUCGAGCUGGAGUGCGCGCGGGACAGCACACCGGCCGGAUCGGGGAGUAGCGAGGAUGGAGAUACGACCAGACAGGUUUAAGGCGGUCGCGGCCAAGAAUCUAGGAAAGAUACACAGAAUCCUAGAAAAACGUCAGCCCAAUGGCGAGACCAUCGAGCUGUCGGCCGAGGGCCGCCCGGAGGUCGUGGAGGAGAAGGAGAUGCCUGUUGUGGACUGUACGUGCUUCGGGAUGCCGCGCCGUUACAUCAUCGCCAUCCUGUCAGGGUUAGGCUUCUGCAUCUCCUUCGGCAUCCGCUGCAACCUGGGCGUGGCCAUCGUCAGCAUGGUCAACGACCACACUGUCUGGAAGGGCAACAAGGAGAUCCUCGUGGCAGCACAGUUCAGCUGGGAUCCAGAGACAGUUGGGAUGAUCCACGGCUCCUUCUUCUGGGGAUACAUCGUCACACAGAUUCCCGGAGGUUUCAUAUGUCAACGAUAUAAAGCAAACAAAGUGUUUGGAUUUGCUAUAGUGGCCACAUCUACGCUCAAUAUGCUGAUUCCAUCUGCCGCCCGUACACACUACAGCUGUGUCAUACUAGUCAGGAUAUGCCAAGGUCUCGUCGAGGGCGUAUCUUAUCCAGCCUGCCAUGGGAUCUGGGCAAAAUGGGCUCCGCCUCUCGAGAGAAGUCGACUGGCCACAACAGCAUUCUGCGGUUCCUAUGCUGGGGCCGUGGUGGCCAUGCCUCUGGCUGGAGUGUUGGUUCAGUACAUUGGGUGGCCUUCCGUCUUCUACGUCUAUGGUAGUUUCGGGAUAGCAUGGUAUCUGUUCUGGAUCUUGGUGUCCUAUGAGAGCCCGGCAGCCCACCCCACCAUCACUCCUGAGGAGAGGAAGUACAUUGAGGAAGCAAUCGGAGAGUCAGCAGGCUUUGCCAAUCCUCUACAGAAAUUCAAAACCCCAUGGAGAGCAUUUUUCACAUCCAUGCCAGUGUACGCCAUCAUUGUGGCCAACUUCUGCAGGAGCUGGACUUUCUACCUGCUUCUCAUCAGCCAGCCAGCCUACUUUGAGGAAGUGUUUGGCUUCGAGAUCAGCAAGGUGGGGAUGGUGUCGGCCUUGCCACAUCUGGUGAUGACCAUUGUCGUGCCCAUCGGGGGCCAGCUGGCCGAUUACCUUAGAACACACAAUAUCAUGACCACCACCAACGUCAGGAAGCUCAUGAACUGUGGAGGGUUCGGAAUGGAGGCCACUUUAUUGCUUGUGGUGGGAUACUCUCACACCAAGGUUAUGGCCAUUUCUUUUUUAGUCCUAGCUGUGGGUUUCAGCGGGUUUGCCAUCUCAGGUUUCAACGUAAAUCAUUUGGAUAUAGCUCCUCGCUAUGCCAGCAUUCUGAUGGGUAUUUCCAAUGGAGUGGGCACUCUGUCGGGCAUGGUGUGCCCACUUAUAGUGGGCGCAAUGACCAAACACAAGUCACGUCAAGAUUGGCAAGGUGUCUUCCUCAUAGCUUCAGUGGUGCAUUAUGGUGGAGUCAUCUUUUAUGGAAUCUUUGCAUCAGGGGAGAAGCAGCCGUGGGCGGACCAGGAGGACACAAGUGAUGAGAAGUGUGGCAUCAUCGACGAGGACGAACUAGCCAAUGAGACAGAAGAGAUGUACCGCACUGGCGGAGGGGGGCACUACGGGGCCCUGAGCCAACCAACCGCAGGCCCCAACGGAGGGGGAGGGGCUGGAGGGGGGACAGGCUGGGUCCAGGACUGGGAUAAGACUGAAGAAUAUGUUCAACCUCCAGGAUACAACCAGUAUCGUUUUGGAAUGGAGGCCGAGAGAGAGCUCAAAUAAAAACCCUAUUCAGACUGGAGGGAAGUCGACUUAACUUAGACUUAAGUCCCCCACAAACACAAUCUAAGCAUUAUUGACUUAAGUCCAUGUUAGGUUUAUUUUUCUCAAGUCCGAAUCAGGCCAAUAGAGAAAGAGGAGAUGGGAAACUAGAAAGAUUAGUGUGUGAAAUGAGAAAGGAUGGACGUUUUGGGGAAGUAUAUAUUGGAGGGCAAGAAAGAAGUAUAGCUGAUUUGCAUAGGCGUGCUUUUGUAUGUAUGUACAUUUGCACAUGUGGGUUACAAAAUGUGUGUGUGUGCACGUGGGCGCAUGUGUGGUGUGUGAGUGUGUGAUAAUACGUUUAUAUAUAGUGUACCACAACCUGAACUGAUUUCCCAGAAUUCCCAAAUGCUCCUGAGCCCUUGAUAGGUCAGGAGUAAAAUUCUGACAGGAAGUAAAUGUUGUUGUUUUUUUAACUACAAAAAUGCUCAGCAUUCUGUGUGUGUGUGUGUGUGUGUGUGUGUGCGUGUGUGUGCAUUCUUUCAUGGAAUCUGAAAGUUAUUUUGGCACUGUUGCUCAGUUCAGAAUUUAUUGACAUUUGCAUGUAGUUUACAUUUAAAGAAAUAAGCCUCCACGAACAAUCUGACAGCUUUGUGAUAUCCAGAAAUAAAAAAUAAUGGUAUAAUGUUUAACAGAUCUUGUAGCUUCUAAGCAUGGAUGGAACAUAUGGAAGAUUACAACUUGACCAUGGCUUUUUAUCUACUAUGUAUAUUCUGUGCAAGGAAGUCCUAUAUCUUCCAGCAUCCACAAAAUGUGCUUGAUAACAAUGAGAAAACGCCAUUGGUCACUAAACUGAAUGCUCUCAGAGGUCAGUGAUGCUUGAGAAUUGUGUUGGCACUCUCCAAUGUUGUUACAUGAUCCUCUGUAUUUUAGGCGUUUUGCCAAAAUCACUGAAUGAACUUCAAAAUGUUGACUGAUAUUAACAGUAUGUAGGUCAUUGUUCCUUUAUAUUUACCUUUCUCUGUCUUUGGUCCUGAAGAGUGUGUGUGUGUGUGUGUGUGUGUGUGCGCGCGCAUGUGCAAAAGCAUAUGUACUGUUAUGAAUGGUUUGCUAGAUUGGAUUCAAUUUUUGAAGUGAAGAGCUAGACAGACGGGUGGAAUGGAUACAGCAGUGAGUGACUGUAACCUCUACAUGAUAAUCCUAUCUAAACAUUCCUACAUCCGGCUCUUUUCUAGGUGUCUUUCUUUAUGCCGCUUUAACCUGUCUUUCUCUCUGUAUCUCUCUCUUUAAUCCCUGAUUGUCAGUGAUGUAUGAGUUGGUGCUGUAGGUCAGAGGUUAGGGAUUUGUUUGUGGGUGUGUGUGUCUCAGGUUCAUGUGCUGAAAAAUUGUGUGUGGUGAGCGUACCUUAAUGAUGAGUCCACGGGUGCAAUGAGUACACCUCGUACACACACACACACACACACACACACCA